UGAAUUCCACAUUUCACCAGCCACCGUUCCUCUCGACCUGUACACAAGCACUAUGGCGGGUACCACGUUAUCUCUCACCAGAUUGUUGGCACGUUCAGGCGCUAGCCUCAACAAGGCUGCUGCUCCAGUCAGCGUCAGUGCCAAACAGAGGAGGCAAUUCUCGACUGACAAACGGAUCGUGGUUGCCAAGCCUGUCGUCGAUCUCGAUGGAGAUGAGAUGACGAGAAUUAUCUGGGAGAAGAUCAAGGAAACGUUGGUCUUCCCCUACCUCAAAGUUGAAGCUCUAUACUACGAUCUGGGUCUUCCCUACCGUGACCAGACCAAUGACCAGGUCACUCUCGACUCAGCAGAGGCCAUCCUGAAGCACAAUGUGGGCAUCAAGUGUGCUACCAUAACGCCUGAUGAGGAGCGCGUCGUAGAGUUCAAACUGAAGAAAAUGUGGCUCAGCCCCAACGGAACUAUCAGGAACAUUCUGGGUGGGACCGUCUUCCGUGAGCCAAUCAUCUGUGACAACAUCCCCCGCCUAGUGCCAGGCUGGACACAGGCUAUCACGAUCGGCCGUCAUGCUCAUGGAGAUCAGUACAAGGCAACAGACUUUGUCGCUGACGGUCCCGGCAAGUUUGAGAUGAUCUACACGCCACAAGGUGGCAAGGAACAGAGGAUGACGGUAUUCGAAUUCAAAGAUGGCGGUGGUGUUGGUAUCGGCAUGUACAACACGGCAGAGUCCAUCAAAGGUUUCGCACACAGCUGCUUCCAGUACGCCAUCAUGAAGAAAAUCCCGCUCUACCUGAGCACGAAGAAUACCAUCUUAAAACGCUACGACGGCCGCUUCAAGGACAUAUUCGAGGAGAUCUUCCCACAGUACAAAGCGGAUUUCGACAAGGCAGGAAUCUGGUACGAGCAUCGCUUGAUCGAUGACAUGGUCGCACAAGCCCUGAAGUCGUCUGGCGGGUUCGUGUGGGCGUGUAAGAACUAUGACGGUGACGUGCAGUCUGAUGUGGUUGCCCAGGGUUACGGUUCGUUGGGUUUGAUGACGUCCGUGCUUGUGUGUCCCGACGGUAAGACGAUUGAGGCGGAGGCAGCUCAUGGGACGGUGACGAGACAUUACCGGGAACACCAGAAGGGCAACCCAACAAGUACAAACCCAAUAGCCAGUAUCUUUGCCUGGACAAAGGGUCUUGAGCAUAGGGCAAGGUUAGACGACAACGCUGACUUGGCACGUUGGUGCCAACUGAUGGAGAAAGCUUGCGUUGAUUGCGUGAAUGCUGGUCACAUGACCAAGGAUUUGGCCGGCUGCAUCCAUGGAAUUAAGAAUGUGAAGCCCGAGCAUUACCUAAACACGAUGGAUUUCCUUGACGCCAUCAAGGUACAAUACGACAAGCUCGCCAGCAAUUAAUGCCAACAUUUCAUAGGAGAAUUGAUCGGAAUAUGCAAACAACUACAGUUUAUAAGAAGCUUCCAGAAAAUUGUGUGUUUGGACAGGAUAGGAAUAACUACAAGGGGCUCGCUUCCUCGAACGGCUGGACUUUUGAUAUUUGUGGUGUAAGUUGACUGGUAUCAGCUGUGUAUUUUGUACAUAAGCUGUACAUUAAAUGUCAGGUAGUUUCUGUGAAACUUGGGCAACGUUGACUGAACUGUAAUCUAAAACUUUUUUUGGACAACAAUUUGGUUGAAAUAAAUGUCAUAUCUUUUAAUAUAUGCAAGGCAGCUAUUCGGGAUGCCAAAUUGUAAUGCUUGAGUAAGACGGUGUAUGAAAUGAAUUUUUCGAUGAAAUGCAUACUGAUAUCAAUGUUGUCAAAUACUUGAAUCAAAAUGUGCACCAGUUUCAAUCCAUGUCCUGAAGCCUGCUAUAUUCUACAUACAACCUGAAUCUCAUAUCAACUACUUGUGUUCUACUCAGGCAAAAAUUUCUCUGAAAAGUUUAUUCAGAAAAUCGAUGAAAUUUCAGAGGUUCUCUGUGGAUUUUGAAUGGUUCAUGCAGGAUUUUAAUAUUAUUUAAUCUCUGGAAUUAAUAUUCAGAGAAUUUUUGCCUGUGUCCUUGGGGCAGAUAAUCCAGCUGUGAUCCACUUCCUUGUUUUGGUAGGUCAAAUUUCCUUUAAUGAUAAAAAUGAUUCUUCACGAUGAUCUAAUCAAAUGCACUGGACUGACAAUCUUUAAAUCUCGGCCCACCUCAAAUUUUGUCAAUUCAGAAAUAUUUGUGCUGUUCGAUUUAUCAAAAAUUCAAAUGAAUGUCAGAAUGGUUCAUAUUUUUUGUCGGACCGUAUUGCAAAAGUCUAGAAAAUUGGGUUUCAGUUUGUUUGUUUGAUUUCUUAUGAGACCAUGUUUUUGGGAUCACAUGAGAACGUUACGAAAGAUGCAAAUUGAUAAUAUUUUGAAGUUUCUGAUGUUGUAGUUGUUGGAGCAAUAUUCCAGAUGCCUCACUCAUCAUCCUAGUAUUUAUUUAUUCACAACCUUUUGUUUUCAUUCUCACUGCGUCAUUUGUGCCUUUUUUGUGCUAACUUCAGAAAUUUCUGUCGACCGUCAAAUUUUCCCACCCUCGCUUGCGAGGGCAAGUGUUGGCAACCCCCACAUGUGUCCUGAUCAUGUUUGAAUAUAUCAACUUUGACUUCCUCUAUUCCAAAUUAUUGUGCUCUAAAUUGAAAAUAUUGCGUCCAAGGUACAUAAGACCUUCUUUCAUUAACUGAGUGUGCCUAAUUAAAUGAGCCAGCUAAUUUUCAUAUCAGCUUUUAAAUUUGAAGAAAUAACUAACGUGUUUAGUUGAGUGGACGCUGUGGUUACUUCACUGUCAUAACUACAUUUAAAGUUCUAUCCAAGAGUGUGCCGACUUGAAAAUAUAGCUACGAAUCUAAAAUCGCAUUUUCGUUAGAAUUGUGUGAAAGUAGUACAGGUUUUCUAGACCUUUUUGUGAUCAUGUUUGAAUAGAAAGGAGCCUAGCUCACCUCGUAUUGACCUAAUAAAUGAGUGGAACUAA